UCUACAGCUAGGGAUUACGGGGGAAAGGCUAAAACAUGGCCGCACAGGACUUGGUGGACCAGACUCAGAAUAUAGAGCAUGAACGGUACAUGGUUCUACUGCAAGUGGUGCUCUCCGGAUAUCAAAACCAAGCUUUUAUGGGUGAUUAGGUGUACCUCCCUCCUAAUCCUUGGCUGUAACCUAGACAGUGCCAGUUAAAGGGACCUUGUUAAAUGCCGAUUACUCACAGCGUCUAUUGUGGCGUCAAUAUGUUUUCGUUGGCGGAGUUUCGGGCCCAUCAUUUUCGUGUAACUAUCAGGUUACAUCGUUCAGCUUUCUGUGCCGGUCUUAUCUAGGAGGUAUGGUGUACAAGCUUCGUCGUCAACGUUUACAUAUAUUAUCUAGAACUUUCCAAUUCACUAUACAGUUGUCUUUUGGAAUAUCUCCCCUUCAUCCCGCCAAACAUGCAAACAAAAUAAUGCGCUGCUUUAUUAUACGUAUUUCUUGCUUUCAAGGCCAAGCCCUUAACAAACAGUUGGGGUCAUCAAAAUGACGAGCAAUAUACCCGCAGAAACAAGCGUUGUCGAAGACACACCACCAUCUAGGGACGAACGUACAGAAUCCGCAACAUCCACGGAAACUGCCGAGCCUAGUUCUUUGUCUGAGACGGAUGAUCCUCAUAGCGAAAAUAGUGAACAGUCGACAGGAGAAGGGAACUUUCGUGCGAGUCGGUUCGCGAAGAAGAGCGCCCUCUCCCAAUGGUUUCCACAGAUUGAAUACGACGAGCACGACAGCAGGCGCAUAUAUUUUUCGCGGAGGGGCUGCGCUCUUCUGCUACAAAUCGUACUCAUUGGUCUAGUAUUCACGGCCAAUUUGGGCUUGACAAUAUUUGCGAAUAUCCAUUACAAGAGCCAAAACGGAGUGGGGACUAUCUAUGAGGGCGACUGCAACAAGGUCAAAACCCUCGACCAAUGGCUACAUCUCUUGAUCAACUUCCUUGGGACCGGCAUGCUGACAGCCUCAAACUAUUGUAUGCAGCUUCAAGCUGCUCCCACUCGCGAAGAUAUUGAUCGUGCCCAUGAGGCCAGAGCUUUUGAGCAAAAUCCCGAUCAUACAGAGGGUCGAUGGCUAGAUAUAGGCGUACCAAGUUUACGAAAUCUCCGCUAUGUCAGCCCAUGGAGGCGAUUUGGCUGGUUUCUCUUAGCUCUAAGCUCUAUCCCCAUUCACUUGAUGUAUAAUUCCGCUGUAUUUCAGUCACUUGCGUCGAACGACUAUACAAUCGCGGUAGUGAAAGAUUCCUUUGUUAACGGAAGCCCCUGGAACCUCGCCACGGCCGAAAAUAACCGACGAGGAGAUGUUGGAUGGGAUGAAAGCAGGGUAAAUCCGGUCAACCGCAACUACACGGAAAUCAUCCAAUAUAUGCAGGAUAAUGUGAUGGGUGUCGGAUGGGAGGAGUUGAACAUCUCCGCCUGUUACGCAUUGUAUAACGACUACUUCACCGCUCAGGGCAAUGGCGUCAUAUUCGUAAAAAACGAUACAGGCUCAGAGAACGACACUCUAUUGAUGUAUGUUUCCAUCAUACCACGGUCCGACGAUUGGGCGAAGAAUAUGUGGGCGGCUUUGAACGGAUCGUCGGCGUUCAUAGCCGGAGGCACCGACAAUACAGUAACCACAUGGUUUCUCGGACCUAAACAUUACGAAGUGGCCUCUUGUCGAGUACAAUCUCCCGAUACGAUCGUAAAUCAUUGUCGAUUCGAGUACUCGUCAGGAAUAAUGCUCACUGUCUGCGUGCUUAACUUCACCAAAUUAUCCGUAAUGCUUUUCAUCUGGGUGCUAAGGAGAUGGCAGGAGACAAAGCGUUCCGAUGAGGGUAAGACGAUUUUAUAUACGCUUGGCGAUGCUAUCGCCUCCUUCAUGCGGAAGCCGGACCCAACCACUAUCAAUUUGGGCCUCGCUACUAAAGAUGACUUCAUACGCGGACGUACUUGGAAAUCUCAUCUCGUAAAAGAACCCCUCAAACUGGAUCGCAACCCCAGAAGAUGGGUAAAAAAAGACAAGUAUUGGUUUACUGCCGGUAGUAUUCGACGAUGGGUUAUCUUGAUAUUCUUGUACUGUCUAACCAUCUCAGUAGCAGCAAUUCUACUAGGGGUAUCUUUCACGAGCCUACAUCGUCGAAACUUCUCCACGUCCAUACCGGCACUCUAUGACCUAGGAUUCGGUCAACUAACGCCGUACACUUAUCUCGUCAUCGGGCUUCCACGGGAAGAUCCAAAAGGCUUGGUCUUGAAUGUGCUCUUGGCGAAUCUUCCGCAGCUAAUUAUAUCCAUCCUCUACACAUUCUACAACGCCAUGCUGAGCACUUUCCUGGUUCAACUAGAGUUUAGUCGGAUGUAUCUGGAUAAACGAAAACCGCUCCGCGUCUCAGAGCCCGUAGGGAUUCAACGGUCCAGCUUUUUUAUCUCUCUUCCACUCCGCUACGGGAUACCCCUCUAUGCGAUAUUCGCCCUAUUGCACUGGCUAAUCUCCCAGAGCUUGUUUCUGGCUCGGAUAACGGCCAUAUGCGCAGACGGCGAUCCAGAGGUGUGCCCUGGUGGCCAAGUCGACCUUGCCAACUCCUUCUCAACUUGCGGUUACAGCCCGUUUGCUAUUUUUAUUACAUUGCUUGUCGCGGCAGUGAUCGUGUUAGCCAUUGUGGUUCUAGGGUUUCGCACAUACGACGGCACUAUGAGCAUGGUCUCAACCAAUAGUAUGGCAAUCAGCGCCGCUUGCCACGUCCUCAAAGAGGACCAAGAAGACGGUUAUCUUCUCCCAGUCCAAUGGGGAGUCGUGGAAAUCAGGGGUCGAGUUGGAAAGUGUGCAUUCACGACAGCCCCUUCACGCAAGAUGAAAAUGCCCGAACCAGGGUUAGAGUAUAGUUGAUCUCAUUCAGAGUGUUGCCUCCAAAUGACUCUUUAUACGACAGAUAGCCUCGAAGCCAAAGACAAUUACAAGUUGAUGCAUAGGAAUAACCUUAUCCAAUCCAGUGUCAUCGCAUGGUAUAUGUCGUUGCCCGGUUCCCAUUU